AUUGUGCUAAAAAAUUACCGAGAGUUCAAAAAAGAGAACAAAGAUUGAGAUGGGAGAUAUGGAAGCUCGAGCAGAAGUAGACAUUUGGAGUUAUGUCUUCGGAUAUACAAAAACGGCCGCCGUUAAAUGUGCUAUUGAGCUUGGGGUUGCCGAUGUUAUAGAAAACCAUGGAAGCCCCAUGCCACUUUCCCAGUUAGCCGCCGCCCUCCGAUAUGUACCAUCACGUCUUCAACGCAUCAUGAGGUUCCUGGUCCAUUAUCAAGUAUUCAAAGAAGAACCUAUUGGCCAACACUCAAUGGGCUUCUCAUUGACGCCAUUGUCUCGUCGUUUGAUAAAACAUGGAGAAAAAACCAUAGUGCCUUUUAUACUGCUAAUGUCCAGCCCUAUCAUGUUAGGGCCAUGGCAUAGUCUCAGUGCUCGAGUCCUCCAGAGAGGGAAUAUUUCACCAUUCGAAGCAGCAAACGGGAUGGAUUUUUGGAGCUACACCGAGGCAAACCCUGGUCAUAGCAAACUCUUUAACGAUGCGAUGGCUUGCAAAGCUAGACUCACGAUCUCGGCGAUAAUCAAAGGAUGUCCAGAAGUGUUCGAUGGUGUCCAAAGCUUGGUCGAUGCUGGUGGAGGUAAUGGGACUGCUAUGAGUCUUUUAGUUAAGCAAUUCCCACGGAUUCGAGGCAUCAACUUCGAUCUCCCUCAUGUUGUCGUUGUUGCACCGAAAUUCGGUGGUAUCGAAAACGUAGGAGGCGACAUGUUCAUGUCUAUCCCAAAUGCCGACGCUGUUUUUUUAAUGUGGAUUUUGCAUGAUUGGGACGAUGAAGAAUGCAUUAAAAUCUUAAAGAAAUGUCGAGAAGCGAUUCCAGAAGAUAAAGGGAAGGUCAUAAUUGUAGAAGCAGUUCUCGAAGAAGAAAAUAAAGGCGACGAGCUAGAAUACGUAAGGUUGAUGUUAGACAUGGUGAUGAUGACUCAUACAAACAAAGGGAAAGAGAGGAGUCUAAAGGAAUGGAGCUAUGUUCUUCAAGAGUCUGGAUUUACACGAUUUAAUGUAAAAUCCAUCCAAGGAUUUGAGUCUGUCAUUGAAGUUUAUCCUUAGAAAAA